UCUAACUUAUUUAUGUAAAAUGUGUACACUACCUUGUACCGUAAUUAGUUCAAUGUCGGCAACACGCUCCUCUCCUCGAACACCAUCCAAACAUAAAGGUGUUGGACAGUUGCCUACUGAAGGGUUGCCUGAUUACAUUGAUCUUUCACAUAAAGCAACUUGGGAUAAUGUAUCAACCGAAAUUUUCUUAGAGUGUGUGCGGGAGCAAAUUUUAGCGGGACGUAGGCUAGGUACAACUAUCACAGUUGCCGGGUAUAAGGAAAUUGCAGUGCAAUUUGCUAAGCGCACAGGGAGACGUCAUGACAUGAAGCAGUUCAAGAACAAGUACCUUGCUUUGAAAAAGGAGUGGCAGGCUUGGAAUAAAUUGAUGGACACCAGUAAGGGUGUAACUGGGAUUGGGUUCGACAGGUCGACCGGGUUGUUCACCGCGUCAGACAAAUGGUGGGAAAAUUUGAAAUCGACAAACAAGCUAGCGUACAAAUUCAAGAGCAAGCCAUUGGAACAUGAAGAUUUGAUGCGGGAAGUUUUCACAGGUGCAACCGCGACUGGGAAACAUCAUUGGACGCCCGGCGAGACUGUUGUGGACAUUGCGGAUGGUGAAUCCGAUUCUGCUGACUCACCUGGGUUGCAGCCAUUUACUGCGCCAUAUCAGCCGGUUGUCGACUCACCACCACCCUCCCCCAUUGUCCAGGUAGAUGAAACGGAGCAAGGGUCAAAGCGCAAAAAGGGGGCUAGUUCAAGUGGAAAGUCUAAGAAACCGUCCAGUGGCGCAUCUGUGCUUGCAGACAGUUUCAACCAUCUAUCCGAGGCUGUUCGUUCACAGAAGCACCUUACGAUCAGGCAUGGAACUGGUGCCUCUCAGAAGUAUGGCAUUGAGGCAUGCAUGCAGAGGAUUAUGGCUAUACCCGACUUUCUCAGGUUCAACACUUUUGAUAUGUGGAACGGUGAAUGUAGCAAUCUGUAUCGAAAUAAUGAUGAUUACUUAAUCGAGCAAGCAGAAGAACAAGAGGACCAACAGAAUGAUGUAAUUCUUGACGCAGCGCGACAUGCAAUGGAAUGUUACGUAAAGUACAUGGAUAAGAUCCCAUGUCGAACUUCAAUUUUAACCGGUCGUGCAUGGAUUCAGGAAUUAUUUGAUGGACACUUGGGCAGGGGUGAAGAAAAUUUGCAUAUGCCUCUUUACGUGUUUAACGCGUUAUGUCAUACAUUACGAAGAGAUUUUGGUUUACGGGUACCUAAAAGACCUCAUGGGUUACACAUUGAAGAAAGUGUUGCCAUGUUCAUACAUACCUUGGCCGGCUACCAAAACCGAAGCAUUCAAGAGUGGUUUCAACGCUCGGGAGAAACGGUUUCUCGACAUUUUCAUGCAGUGUUGGAUGCAAUGAAGUUGUUCACUGAACAGCAUUGCAAGCCAACCAGAGCUCAAACUAGUAGGCAUCCCAAAUUACGGUCAAGAGACAAACACAUACCGUUCAAGGUGAGAAUGCUGUAA